CUUCCCUUUCCCCUGUCGGGAACAGCUGAGCUCCACCGGCCGGAUAGGAGGAAACGAACUACGUCAGAAUCUGACCGCGUCCUUACACUAGUGCGGUAUGGUGGGCUGCCAGAUGGAUUCUCGAUGGAUGCCUCUGCUGCUGAGGCCCCAAUGGGAAAUCCCAGGGAAAUUUUCUAGAAGCUCCUGUUGUCCCACUCCGACCGGGGACUGGGCUUCACCGCUGAGACUUUUUGCCUCCCCCUUUUUUUUCUUGGGUUCCGCAGGUCUAAUUAACAUGCGCAUUAUCGGAGCUUAUUUGAUGGGGUGUGGACUGAUGGUGGUGCUAGGUGGGCGUCUCAAUCAGAAACAAAGGGUUGGUCUGUAAGGGCGAUAAUGUCACAGCCGAACAAAUGUGCGGGAAGAAAUGGGAACCAAAAAAAAAUUAGUUAGUACUCCGUAGUGAAGGAGAAACAGGAUCGAAAGAAAGGAAAGAAGAAGAAGAACAAACGAAAGACACAAUGUGAAAUUGGGAAAGAACAAGUGAACACGAAAUUGGACAAGGCAGGCAUUCCUGACCCACCACAGCGUUUAUCGUCCUCUCUCUCUCUCUCUCUCUCUCUCUUCAUUUUCUCUACGGAGUCGUCUCUACACACCCCGUUCUGGCGGCUUCUUUUCUCAC